AUGCCAUGGUGCAACAUUGUUACAAGGAAGGAACGCGAGAAGAACAGACACGCGAGGCGAAGAAUGGGCAGUCACGCCAAAAAAGGGCGCAGGCCAAAAUCGCGCGCGGCAAACUCCAGCGCGAAGAAUGCCGAGGACGGCAGCACGGCGACCAGGCAUGUCCCACCGGCUCCUCCGUGCGUGGCGAAGUUGAACGCGCAGCACUGGCAUGUGCUGGAGGAGGGUUGUGCGGACGUGGCGGCAUUCGCGCUGCGGCCAUCGCAGCACGCACAGCUGCUAGCCUGUGCCGUGCCGCAGCGACUUGUGGAGAUUCUUUUCACCGCACCAUCGUCGGUUGGCCGAUCCCAAGAAGGCGACUGCAGCAAUAGCGGCCAUGCCCCACGGCAACCUCAUUCUGGAGGCUUUUACUUGCAGACUGCCGCCGCGGAAGCUCUUCGAAACCUCGUUGUCAACAGCGCUGAGGAUGCCGUCGUGGAUGUGUUGGCUGUCUCCACCUUUCCUACAAGUGAUUCAGGGCAGCAGUUGCAGCCGCAGCAAGAACAGGGAGAGGGGAGACGUAUCGGGUUUCGUGACGGACUGGUCACCCUCCUGAUGUCUGCGUGGGACACUGUGCAAAAGACACGUCGGGAGGCGCCUUUGGCCCCACCUACGGUUGUGAGCAAAAACGAAGAUGAUGGCUCCAUGAGUAAUGAGGAAGAGCGGAUGACGGAGGGAUGUGGCGCGAAUGAGGAUCCUCUGCACGCGCCGUUCAUGAUUGCCUGCCGCGCCCUGGAGGAGGUGCUCCAGCUGAUCGCCGUCUGUGUGGAAGGCAGUGAGCACAUCGCAGAAGCCUUCUCCGCCCCCGUUGUUCUUCACGCAUUAUUGUCCCUGCUGGAAACAACAACCGGUGUCGUGUGGGAAACGUUGCAGCAUCCGGCACUGUUGUAUGAACCUCCCGUGGAAGGACGUGGCGUGAUGUGGCUACGGCAAUACAAACGACGUGAGGCGGAGCUUUUGGCGGCAGUGGCUGUUGCAGCGAGUGAAGUGCUGCACCUUUUGAGUGAUGAGAAUGAGGUGCUUGCGUCUCUUCUGCAAUCCUCCGAGGUGAUGGCACCGCAUCAGGCGUUUUUGACGAGAACCCUUGACGCGACGGCGAUCCUGGCGUGGCUGCGUGCUGAAUCAUCGUUUAUUUCCUCUGCACUUCCACAUGCUGCUGCUGUUGCUGCGGAGUCUGAAACAAAAGACACGAAGGAGGAAAAGGAGGACGCCAUUUUGUUGUCCACUGGCCGUCAGAAUAUUUUCUAUCAGCUAUGUGAAGUCUCUUUACAUGUGCAGGGAACACUCAUGAACUCAGCCCCCAACACGACGAAUGCCGCCCGAGUACUGCCACUUGUUGUAGUCGUGUUGGACGCCCAUCUACCGCACGAUGAGUGGCGUCGCACUGUGCCACUGUUGCUGCAGGGAUGUGCAUUGAAGGAGGAGCACCGUGCAGUUCUUAUCCGUCGUGCCUUGUGGCGGUUGCGUUGCGAUCAGGCGGCGGUGAAUGUGCUUCAUGCCGUUGUGAACGCCAUCUGCAGCCUCAACGAGGCCGACGCGGACGAUGAGACGGCGUUUCAGCGCAAUCCGCAUUCAACAUUGUUGUAUGGCACAAACGCCAUGUAUGUUGUGGGCAAGCUGAUGAAGGAUGCUCUCCGACUACCUACAGACGCCAAUGGAAAUAAAAAUAACAACAAUAUAAUUAAAAACGAGGAUAACACACAUGUGUCCUCAUUUGAUCCCGUGAAUGGCGGGGAUGACGUUGUGGUGGAGCGUGCGCUACGCGCUGCCGCUGGAACCUCCGGCAUGGGUGGUCUCAUCACCAAACUACAGUUGCUUGUGUUAUCCAACGAGGUGGGGGUGUGGAGCCUUGCCAACACGUUGUUGAUGAUGGUCAACUGGUCCGGUCUGGGAGAAGAGCCGGCUCAUAUAUGGCGAGCCAUCAUUCACGCCCUAAAAUUGCGUUCGCAGCUCCUCACGGAGGCAACGACGAUGGCGGCGGAAGCGCGAGAAAGAGGUGUAGAAUUUAAUGAAUGCGCCAGUGAAAUAACAACAUUGGUGGCAUCGACACCGGCGGCCACGAAUCUGGUGCGGCUGCAACUGGAGUCCCUUGUACAGAUGUUAUGGACGCUGCAGCGUAAGCAGGCGGCUCACGCGGGGGGCUCGCUUCAGGUCACAAACCACCUCGCCGCCACGGGGACCGAUGUGGACAUUCUAACACGACUUGCGUGGGAUGCGCAUGCCACUCCGCUGCAGAAGCAGGCAUGCGUGGGUGCGGUGUGUGCCAUGUGCGCCUCAUUCAAGAGCUCCGAGGCUACCCACGUGGCGGCACGCUUUGCGUUGGGCAUGCUUCAAGUGGAUGGUGCAUUGCAGACCGCCACCGCCGCCGCUUUGUCAUCACCACCACCACUGGCGGCAAAGGGUGAAGCGACAGACGUGCGUCGACGGUGGAUGGCGAAUAUCACUGCAACCGAUGCAGAGUGGCGUGUACGCUGUGAGGCCUCGAACCACAUAAUGGACCUCUUUUUAGAUGAGACGCACGAUGACGCCGUGUACAUUCCACUUCAUGUGCAUGUGGCCCUGAAAUCGUUUUUGGGACCCUUUCAGUCAUAUUUGAAGCGGCGGCAGCAAUUGGUGCGAGAGACGCAGCGGAACUAUCGUAUCACCCUUCCGGAAGUUGAUGACGCCGCACACUGGCGUGAGGUCGCCGAGAACCUCUCCGCCUUUCUGGAAUACAAGACGCAGCACAUUGGACGUGACCGACUAUGA